AUGGCGUCCUCAGUGGUGCUCGCCGCGGAGGCUCUUAAUACUAAGGCCACCGACACGAUAUUUCUGGAGAACGAACCUCUAUUCGUGGAUGUUUGCGCACGAUGGAUCUCCUCACCUUCGCAAGUCUCAGCAAAACUUGCUGCGUUUGGAAGAAUCAUACCUUUUGCACCUCACCUGGCCGAGCAUGUGGAGUACUUUCUGACGAAAACUUAUACCGAAGGUCUUCUCGGUCCCGCUUCGGAUUCAAUACCGGAGGGAGAACUGUGCGAACUUCUACUAGCAGUAUUCAGGCUGCUUAGCUUUGAUGAUUCAGAGUUUGCCAAGUACAUUCGUCCUUUGAAAUUGCAGGAACUACUAUCACACUCCAGCAAGAUAGCGCGGUAUCUUACCGCUCGAAUAUUGUGCCUCUAUCUCCACGCCUCAGAUGCUGCCAUGGAGGAACUUAUAUCGAAAUACGUUCACCGGGGACUAGACUCCGAGUCCAUCCACGGAGAAUGGGAAGGCAUCGUAAUUGACUACCGAUUCUUCAGCCUUUGGGAGGAGAAGCGUUCUAGGCAACUUUCCUUACGUCGAAAAGCGACUCAAGCCACUGAUUCUGCAGCUAACGGUCUCACCCAACUGCGUAAAGACAUUUCGCAUUUAUCUCUUGACGUCUAUGGUGUACUAUUACCACGUUUGGAUGGACCCCCGGGAGGACAGGAGCCAUGCAGAGUCGUUUCAGUGCCAACAACCACCAAGAAUCUCAAAGACCUUGCUAUAGGACUACUGGAUCCAAGCCCACUCCUUUUGACUGGGUUACCUGGCUCGGGAAAAACUCUCUUAGUGCGGCACCUUGCGUGGCAUUUGAGGAAACUCUCCUCAAUGGUCACGUUACACCUGAACGAACAGAGCGAUGCCAAGCUACUAUUGGGCAUGUACGCAACUGGAGCGAAGCCUGGGACCUUCAGCUGGCGACCAGGAGUUCUCACCACCGCAGUUCGAGAAGGGCGUUGGAUAUUCAUCGAGGAUCUUGAUCGCGCACCGAACGAGGUCAUCAGCACGUUGCUGCCUUUGAUAGAGCGAGGAGAGCUUCUUAUACCAAGCAGGGGUGAGACUAUCCGAGCAGCACGAGGCUUCAAGAUUAUCGCGACCCUCCGGACUACCCUAAAUUCUAAGGGCGAAGAGCUGGUGCCAAGAUCGAAUAUGAUAGGAUAUCGAUUUUGGAGGACAGUCGGGAUUCACAUGGCUUCCCUCGAAGAAUUCCGCGAAGUCAUUGCCCAGAAUCAUCGGGCGAUACUGCCGCACAUACCUGCGGUAUUGAGAGUGUAUUCACGACUGCAACAGCUAUACCGGGAGGCUCGCUUUGCUUCCGAGAAUGGGACGUCAUUGAGAGCUCUUACUCCGCGGGAUCUUCUUAAGUGGUGCGACAGACUUUCUGCUUUGCUCGCUGGGACUUCAUCGUUUACCUCCGAGAACAUGGACGAUAUUUUCAUGGAGGCGUUUGACUGCUUUGCUGGCAGCCUGCAUAGUGAUCCUGCUCGGGCAAGAGUGAUGGCUUACGUGGCAGAAGAACUCCAUAUUGAUCCACAGAGACGUGAUCACCUCCUGUCGAGACGCGAGGUUAGAUUUGAGGUCAACACCAAGAUCACGUCCUUAGGAGUGAUGCGGAUAGGCCGGUCUAAGCUACCACGGCACCGGAAAGCGAUUGCAAAUAGACAUGUAUCUGCGAGGCCUUUCUCCACGAAUGAGUACACUCUACGCCUUCUAGAGAAAAUAGCAGUCGCUGUUGAUCGCAAGGAACCGCUUUUGCUUGUUGGGGAAACGGGAACAGGAAAAACAACAUGCAUACAAUUUCUUGCCGAUCAGCUAGGUCGCAAAUUGGUUCCCUUUAACCUCUCUCAGCAGAGUGAGAGUGGUGACCUUCUUGGUGGUUACAAGCCCGUUAACAUUCGCAGCCUCGUUAUUCCCAUGAAAGAUGAGUUUGAUGCUCUAUUCGACGCAACAUUUUCACGGAAAAGGAAUCAUCGCUUCGUUGAGGUUCUAGGAAAGCAAGUGGCGAAGGGGGAAUGGAAAAGAGUCUGUAAGCUAUGGAGGGAGGCUCUUCGUAUGCUGGAGACUGCUCGUAUGUCACAGGAGUCUAGAGCGUCUUCCGAGGACGCCGAAAGCGAGCAACCAAAGAAGAAGAGAAAGGUGGACUCUUUGCCUGCGGAUUUCCCUAAGUCUCGAUGGGAUAAGUUUGCGAUCGACUUAAAUAAUCUCGAAGCUCAACUUUCAGCUGGAUCUGAAGGCUUCGCUUUUUCCUUCCUCGAAGGAAACAUUGUCAAAGCUGUCCGCAAUGGCGACUGGGUUCUCUUAGACGAGAUCAAUCUUGCAACUUCAGAUACUCUUGAAGCUCUUACAGAUCUACUCGGAGGCGGCUCAGAAGGGAGGCCGUCCAUUCUACUCACGGAGACGGGUAACGUCGAACGAGUAGUUGCUCAUCCAGACUUCCGAGUAUUCGCAGCGAUGAAUCCCGCUACCGAUGUAGGCAAGAAAGAUCUCCCUCCCGGGAUCCGAUCAAGAUUCACCGAGCUUUACGUUGAGAGCCCAGAUAGCGAUGUGAGGAGUCUACGCAGUAUCGUGGAAAAGUACCUUGGCGGAGAUUCGACAGACCCAGGAACCCGAAAGAUUGCUCUUGAUGUUACUGAACUGUACUUGGAGAUACAGCGACUGGCCAAAUCUAACCUUCUGGUUGACGGAGCAGACCAGCAGGCCCAUUUUAGUCUUCGUACUUUGACUCGAGCUCUGUCAUAUGCCCGGGAAACGGUAUCUUUGUGUACCCUGCGACGAGCGCUGUUCGAAGGCUUCAACAUGAGCUUUCUCACGUUUCUCAGUAGAGCCUCCGAAGACGUUGCCGCUCCUCUGAUCAAGAAGCACUUAUUCAACAGUCAGUCGAGCAUCAAGACCGAGCUUGGGAAACCCCUCAAGAAACCAGACAAUUCUCGGAGCUACGUCCAAGAAGGGUCGUACUGGCUACGGCAAGGUCCGUACCCUAUUGAGGACCAAUCUCACUACAUCAUUACCCCGUUCAUAAGGCGAAAUAUGAACAAUCUCAUCCGAGCGGCAUCAACCAGACGAUAUCCAGUCCUCAUCCAGGGCCCAACCUCGUCUGGCAAGACAAGUAUGAUUGAGUACCUCGCCAAGAGGUCUGGCAACAAAUUUGUUCGUAUAAACAAUCACGAACAUACGGAUCUGCAAGAAUACCUCGGCACUUACAUCUCUGGUGCUGAUGGAAAACUCGUUUUUCAAGAAGGUAUUCUCGUCCGAGCCUUGCGUGAAGGCCAUUGGAUUGUCCUCGACGAGCUCAAUCUGGCUCCCACGGACGUGCUAGAAGCUUUGAACAGGCUUUUGGAUGACAACCGAGAGCUCUUAAUUCCAGAAACGCAGGAGGUAGUAAGACCCCAUGAAGAUUUUAUGUUGUUUGCAACCCAGAACCCGGCCGGGCUGUACGGAGGUCGCAAAGCCUUGUCGCGGGCAUUCAGGAACCGCUUUUUGGAACUACACUUCGACGACAUUCCAGUGGAGGAGCUGACAGAAAUUCUCCGCCGAAGGACGCAGAUCCCCGAGUCAUGGUGCAAACGUAUCGUCAAAGUUUACGAGGAGCUUUCAAUGUUGCGCCAAGAAAACCGGCUAUUCGAACAGAAGAGCUUUGCAACGCUCCGGGACUUGUUUCGUUGGGCUCUUCGAAAAGCAGAAAGCCUUCAAGAUCUGGCUGUAAAUGGAUACAUGCUCCUUGCUGAAAGAGUUCGGAAACCCGAAGAACGGCAAGCGGUAAAGAGAAUCAUCGAGGCCGUGAUGAGCAAAGCUGGAGCUCGUGUCAGUAUUGACGAAGGAAGCCUCUACAGUGUCGAGCACUCCGUGGAGCUACGAGCUUAUCGAGACCGAGUGGGCACCAACGAUUCUGCAGUCUGGACUGGAGCUAUGCGUCGUUUGUUCGUCCUCGUUGCGCAUGCUAUUAGUAACAACGAACCUGUGUUACUAGUGGGAGAUACUGGUUGCGGGAAAACUACAGUCUGCCAAUUACUGGCCGAAGCCUUCGGGAAGCAGCUACACAUUGUCAACGCUCAUCAAAACACGGAAACUGGCGACUUAAUUGGAGCCCAACGACCCAUCCGGAAUCGAGCUGCCAUCGAGUCUGAUCUACAUCGCCGUCUUCUUGUCGAUCUAGACGCCGCGGGAGUCAAGUUAGCUCCUUCUGAAAUGAAUCUCGGGCGUUUACUCGCUCUCUACGAUCAACUUGACUAUGACACUCUAAGUCUGAUACCUAUAGAUCACCGCGAGGAGAUCAAGACUAACCGGACGAAAGCCGCAGCUCUCUUUGAGUGGGCAGACGGCAGCUUGGUUCACGCAAUGAAAGAAGGCCAAUUCUUUUUACUGGACGAAAUAUCUCUCGCCGACGACUCUGUCUUGGAACGGCUCAACAGUGUUCUCGAACCUCAGCGUACAUUACUUCUGGCCGAAAAGGGACCCAUAGAUUCUCUCAUUGUCGGGUAUGAGGGUUUCCAAUUCCUUGCAACGAUGAACCCCGGAGGUGAUUAUGGCAAGAAAGAGCUCUCGCCAGCUUUGCGAAACCGAUUUACUGAGAUCUGGGUACCCUCACUAUCUGAUGUCAACGAUAUCGUCCAGAUUGUGCGCGCUAAGCUGAAAUUAGAGGCGUUGCAGUAUGCGGAGUCAAUAGUGUCUUUCGCACAGUGGUUUAACGACAAGUACAACACAUCGGUCACAUCUUCGAUUUCGAUUCGAGACACUCUUGCAUGGGUAAACUUCAUCAAUGGAUGCCAAAGCCCCGACACCUUGUUUGGCGUUGUACAUGGCGCCGCCAUGGUUUUUGUAGAUACCCUCGGAGCCAAUCCUGCCGGUCUCUUAGCCAUUUCUUCUUCCAGGAUUGAUGUCGAGAGACAGGAGUGCCUCCAUCAUCUUGGUAAACUCCUGGGCAUAGAUGCUUCUCAGAUCUACUACGACGACAUCAGUAUCACUGUCUCUAAUGACCUGCUCACCCUUGGGUCGUUCUCAAUUGCGAAAGCUCAUGUCACGCAGGAGGAUCAGUUCUUCUCGCUCGAAGCGCCUACCACGAGAUCCAACGCGAUGCGAGUCGUAAGGGCUCUCCAAUUGUCAAAACCAAUACUGCUCGAAGGGAACCCAGGAGUAGGCAAGACGACUCUUGUCACAGCUAUAGCCAGAGCUGUUGGAAGACCUCUAGCGCGUCUUAAUCUCUCGGAACAGACCGACUUGAUGGAUCUCUUUGGCUCUGACAUUCCAAUCGAAGGUGCACAAGCUGGAACGUUUGCGUGGCGCGAUGCUCCAUUCUUGAAAGCUAUGAAGCGUGGAGAAUGGGUCCUACUAGACGAGAUGAACCUAGCCUCGCAGUCUGUUCUGGAAGGCCUCAAUGCGGUCCUGGAUCAUCGUGGUGAGGUCUACAUAUCCGAAUUGGACCAGACUUUCCAUAAGCAUCCAGAUUUUCGCGUCUUCGCCGCACAAAACCCGCAUCACCAGGGUGGCGGGCGGAAAGGUCUACCGGCUUCAUUUGUCAACCGGUUCACUGUCGUCUAUGCCGAUAUCUUCAAGCCUGAGGACUUGAUGCUUAUAUGCAAACAGGUUUAUCCUCAAUUCGACCGCGAAGAAGCUUCUAAACUGAUUACUUUUGUUGCUGAACUUGAUGAGCAGGUCGUCAACCUUCGAAAGUUUGGGACGUACGGUAGUCCGUGGGAGUUCAAUCUGCGCGAUACUCUUCGAUGGCUCCAGCUGCUUACGACUACGAACGGACUUUCACCCUCUGGGAAUGCUAGAGACUUUCUGGACACGAUAUUCACCCAGCGAUUCAGGAACGAGUCUGACAGGACGCACUUGGUAGAUCUAUUUCACGCUACUUAUGGCGCUCAGCAGGCUCGAAAAAGCUAUUACCAUAACCUCGGCCUUGGUACCAUACAAGUGGGACUCGGCUUUCUCCCGAGGAAUAAUCGCCUCGCGCCUUGCAAAGAAACCCAGAUUCUGCAAAGGUCUCGAUAUGCGGCAGCAGAGUCACUGAUGAUUUGUGCACAGCAGAAUUGGCCGGUGAUCCUUGUCGGUCCACCAGGGGCUGGCAAGUCAAGCCUUAUAAAUCAUAUCGCAGGAGCUACGGGGGCUACCCUUGUCACAUUCGCAAUGAAUGCUGAUAUUGAUGCUAUGGACCUUGUUGGAGGCUUCGAGCAAGUGGAUCCUGUGCGACAGAUCCAUCGAUACUUCACCAAGCUCAAGUCUUUCGUGCAAUCCCGACUUGUAGAAGAUCAGACCUCUCAAGCGUCCUUGUAUUACCUCACUAUUCUGAUGCACAUCAACACAUCCAUCACUUGCGUCAGCUCCGAAUUGUUUUCACUGCUCGAAAUGGCCGCUCGAGAGGACUCUCAAUGUGUACCUUUGUUUGAAGAGAUAAAUUACUUACAGAGCUCGUCUCAAGGCAUUGACGGUGGUCGCUUUCAAUGGGUGGAUGGGGUACUUGUCCAGGCCCUGGAAGAGGGCAGCUGGCUUGUGCUUGAUAACGCGAACCUGUGUAGUGCUUCCGUUCUGGACCGGCUGAACUCUUUACUGGAGCCAAAUGGAUACUUGAGUAUUAACGAACACCCUACAGAAGAUGGCGAAGCCAGAAUCGUUAAGCCACACCCGAAUUUUAGGGUCAUCAUGACCAUGGAUCCUCGCUAUGGAGAAUUGUCGCGAGCAAUGAGGAAUAGGGCCGUGGAAAUAUUCCUUUUGCCAGACUGGUCCUCGGAAUUACAGCCUCAGUCUCAGUACACCAUUGCCUAUCCAAUGGAGUCGUCGAUGUACAGGUUUCGGCAUUUCACAACGCACACCACAGAGCAACCUUCUCUGCCCCCUCUAAAUAUUUGGAUCCCCAAAGCAAAAGAAAUAUACACCAAGAUCGCAACGGAAGCAGGCCUCGGUUGGAACUUUGCAAACUCACAGCCAUAUCAUCCAUUGAAUAACGAAGUUGUGGUGUAUCGAAACACCGGCCUAACAGACGCGGCGAUUGGUGCAUCUUUCAUCUAUGACUUUGUCGUCGAAAUCGAAAGGAUGAAGUCUGCCCUAAACGAUAUGACGACACAAUCUUUUGGGCGAUGGCCAGAGAAGAACAGGAUUCCAGAGUUUCUGCUCGCCCUCUGGCAAGCUCUCUCGACUUGGCUGGAGCAGGUUUGGCAAGCAGAGACUCUCAAUUUUCCGUUCCUAGAUUCCCUCAAUCGAAUAAGGGCGCUCUUUUGGGAACUUUACAAUAUGUCAAUAGCAGUAGGUUUUGACCGAGCGGCCCUUCAUACCUACCUGGCAAUGUUUACCAAUGUCUCGACAUCCUUGAAGCAAUUAGACCACCCGGCAGCCCUUAUGUCUAACGCAAUCGCUACAAGCUUGACAGGACUCCGAUCUGGUUCUCAUCUGUCCAGUGGCCUUUGUAUGGAGCUGGUGUGGUCGCGAUUCAAGCCGACGACGUCAACAUCCACCCCGGCGCUGGACACUCUUCUUAAGCUUGAGGCUCUGGCGGAUCGAUUCGACACAAUUAUGUGGAGAUCGGAUGUUUCUUUCGAUGACCUAGCGCGCACGCGAGAAACGUUCUCUAGUGCAAUAGGCCUGCUACAAGAAGUCAAUGUUGACGGAGAAGAACUAGCUACAAGCCUUGAGAAUGGUGUUCAUGAGCUGGAGCAGAAGGUUGUGGAGGACGACUAUCAAAUCACGCCUUACUUCGAGCAAGCCUUUGAAGGUAUAUGCCAGUUUCUCGACCUGGUUUCAUCCGACAAUAGCGGCCUGAGUUAUCAGUCACGAGCAUCGCGCUCCAAGGCAUCACUUCUGGCCAGAAGGUCGACCAAGUCAGCUAUGUCUCCAACCGGAAACACGCCCUGUCUACUAUUUCUUGACCUUUGCAAUUAUCUUAGAGCGCGAGACUCCGGCAACAAGGAUAUCGCGCUCUCGAACCAGUUCCAGGCUGUUGCACUUGAUAAGCUAACGCACGUGGAGAGUGUGUCAUUGAGGCAAUUGGACUCAUUUGAAUCUGAAUUGCAUCUCCUUGGGCAGUUGAUUGGUUCCGAGAGCGAAAGUCUGGCCCAAAAUCAGCUUCUUACUCUCAAAGAUCAUCUGGGGGCUCUGACAGCCGAAUUAGCCGGCAUUUUCGAAGCUUUCACUAGCGACGAUAGGUUAGGAGACACUAGGUCUCAGAGCUUCAUCAGUACAAAUCUAAGACAAUGUCUGGAAUACUCGAGACUCGCAGAAGAAGACCUAUCAAGCCUAACGACCGCAUCUAAAGCAUGGACAAGCCUCGCGUUGGCCGGCAUCAAGCUCUACAUACCAGAUCGACCUUUCGAUCCGGCCCUUCGACCGAUGAUAGAACGCCGCUUCUUCAACGAUCAUAAGGCUGGGAUAGAAGAGAGGCUGGAUGCUCUUCAGCUUUUCGAACAACGUUUCACCGGAAAUGACACCACCUUACGCAUCCGUCUCGUGCAACAAGCGCUGCAGACAUUGGGAGAAGAGCCACAGGUUGCCGCUGUCGUAAGGCCUGAUGUCUCAGAGCUUGAGGUUUUACAAGGAGAACUCGACAAUCUGCUCAAUGUUGUACGACCGUUACUCGAAGGUACUGCUACUGCAGAAGACAUUUCCCAGGACCAUACUUUUCGUCAGAACAUUUCUCAUAUCAUUCGACGCUUGACUGAGGGUUACCGCUAUUAUGACGACAUCACUGGUCCUGCUGUAGGCUUCUUGCUUUGCCUGAAUAUUGGGUUGAGUCUUGCAGCCCAAAGUCACCUAGCGCGCACACCUUCUUCCGAAGCAGUAGCCUACUUAUCAGCACAGACUCCGUUCUUGGGUCUCAGUAGGCACGAAAUCCAGGCCACCGCAAGCUUCUAUGAGGCCGAUCUUGGGAACACCCUGAAGCAGAAGCACCCCGAUACGGACUUGCGAUGGCAUUUCUUACAACACAGGGCCAUCGAUGUUGCUAUAAUGGCUCCUUUUGGGCGUUACGAACUACACAAUCUCACACACGAUGUGUUCUCGAGCUUUUUCACCGAGUGGAAAGAACGACUUCAGUUGGAUCAGGAGAAAGAAGCGGCAGACCACAGCCUCUACACAUACCGUGGUGGGGAUGAUGAGGACAUCGAUGAGGGAGAUCUGUCGUUGUUCCCAGAUUAUGAGAUGGAGGUUGACGACUCAGCUCUUUUGCCUUCAAGACUCUCACAAGACCUUGUUGUCCGUUUAUCCGAUCUACAUGAAAAGAUAUUCCUUGGAAACGACUCAGGCCCAGAGAUGGCGAAGGAUCUCCUUCACUGGUCUGCUAAAGAGAUUGGCAAGCUUACCAAGAGAGACACAGCAUGUGCUUCCAAGUCCAGCCUUGAAGAUAUGCUGCCCGCAAUCUUUGUCGAGAUUGACCGAGGAAUCAAUACCUUAUCGACCGGUGGAGUGGCACAAACCUACAACUUCUAUUUUGACCCCAACAUAGUAGAAGGCAAGAGAUUCAUCAACCUCAUUCACAAGCUACAAAAUCGCUAUCGCAAAAUCAGAGAAGUGUGGCCUGAACAUGCAACACUUGGAGAAGUUCUCCGAACCUGCGAUGAAGCUCUUGCCUUUGGACACAUCGAACCGGUCGCCAAGUUCUUGACCAAGGCAGAAAAACUCCAUAGCUACAUGUACGAGUGGCAACGGGUUGCGAGUAGAGAGUUCAGCACAUCAGCUCUCUAUGACGAGUUGACCAACCUUCUGAUCAGCUGGAGACGACUAGAGCUGACGACGUGGGCCCGACUAUUUGACAUUGAGAUGGAAAAGUGUAACAAUGCCGCAAAGAGCUGGUGGUUCAUCGCCUAUGAAACCAUAGUCGCAGCUCCAGAAUCCCUACAAUCCUCUAAUGAGGCCGUACAGUCGCAUGCCAAGGGGCUUUUGAAGGCCUUAGAAGGCUUCUUCUCAUCUACGACCAUUGGCCAAUUUAACCAACGACUUCGUCUUCUAAAACAGUUCUCAAACCACGUCAAGCUACGUGUACAAGAAGUUCCUUCGCUACAGCCAAUACAUCUUGCACUAGAGAAUUUUAUCUCGUAUUACUCAAAGUUCAAGACUCCGGUACAAGAAACACUGGCCAAGGGACGGAAGGUGCUCGAGAAGCAAAUCAAAGAAGUCAUUCUACUCGCUAGCUGGAAGGACACUAACAUCGAGGCGCUAAAGCAAAGUGCGAAGACUUCGCAUCGCAAACUGACAAAGCUUGUAAGAAAAUUCAGGACCUUGUUGAAUCAGUCUUUCGCAGGCGUUUUAAGCAAAGGAUUCCCGGACCUUGGAGGUCUUCCGCCAAUUCAAAGCAACCCCGAAGUCGUUAUGGCCCACGUGGACAACGCUAUGUUAGACAGAAUCUGCAGCGGCCACAUCUCGGACUGGAACUCAAGGCAAUCUCGGUUCAAGAAUGUCCCAGUCACCGUGUCAAUCAUGCGGAGCAAAAGCCGACCCAAUCCCAGCAGCCUUAAUGCCUCUGAACAUGUCAAUGACUUCAUUGCGGAACUGGAGUCAUCUAUGGCGGAACUGCAAAAGGCUACACCAGCUUAUUUAACGGAGGAGAACAAGACUGCGGUAAAGCACCUUAAGUCCAGAAAACGGAAACUCUUCGUGGACACCCUAAAGACGCUGAAGGAGAUGGGUUUCAAAUGGAAUUUUGGUACCGAUGCGCUCGAAAACCAGGACUCGUUAGCGACUGUCUUAGCCAGACUGCCAGCUCUACCCACAACGACAAGCGGAGAUACAGAGACUGCUGCUGAGAACCAUCUCUAUCAAACUUUAAGUAUCAUGCAACAAGUCCGGGAAAUUGCUAAGGAACAUCCUGGCGACUUGACUGGAGAGCAAGUGGCCCGAGCUAUUGGCUUCCUCGAGAGCUUGCUUCAGUCAAGCAUUCGACAACGAACGACGUUGGCAAGGACCGUGGAGACUUCCCAGUCGCCAUCGAGCGAUCUUUCCAUGUACCAAGCACUCCAGGAUCCCAUUUCUCGCAUUGCGCAUCUUGGCGCGCCCGACGAACGCGACCUCUUACGAACCUCUGAUGGACAAGUGAAAGAUGCAAAAUCGCUGCUCAACGUUGUCCAGUGGCUAGUGGCAAUCUUGGCUGUUGGUAUUGAUCUAAUCAACACUCAAGCUAAGCUUGCCAAACUUGACCUGUCGUCUAUUACUACGGGCCUCGCAACGUGGAAAAUCACGUUCGAUAACCUUCUGUCAGAAACAAAUGGUCUUCUCGAUCUACCAGAGAACGUUUGGACCAGAGAUCAUAUUAGGGUCAACGAAUCUGUUGGACAACGCCUGUUGAGUUUUGAAAGCGAUGUCAAGAAAUGGGUCGAGGAUUUCCCGGUGGUAAAAUGCACGUUGAAGCAGAUCCUGCCCUUCGUACGGUUCGAAUCUGCAUCUUCCUUAGGCGAAAUCGACCAGGCCACCUACAUCACCGUCGAGGACAUGAGUCACCAAAUCUUUUCUACUAUCGAUAACAUUCUCGGUUCCAUGCAAGACGUCGAAUCGGCUCUUGCCAACUUGCCACUGUCUCCCGAGGACUCCGCCUGGUUCAUCAAAGAAGAGACCACUCUUUUCAAGACUAUCAACGCGAUGCAAGUUCCAUUGAUUGCCAGAGAACUUCAAGGCUUGGCGGACUCUAUCCAGAGAGUACAAGACAUAGACACAACAAACAGCGGUAUCAAGACAGUAGUAGCCGUCUUUGCCUCUGUGCUGCCAAUUCUCCAACAAUACCACGCCAUCUUCCUCGAGCUCAUGAACCGAUACGCAGCUCUCCACGCCUCAACCUGCAAGCUCUCCUACCGUCUAGCGAAGGUGUUUCUCCAAGUCGGCACGAAAGGAUUCUGCACACCGUCCGAGAAGUCUGAUGAGAAGGGUGACAAAUCAGACAAGCUUGAGGACGGAACUGGACUCGGCGAUGGCGAAGGUGCGGAAGACAUCAGCAAGGAUAUAGGCGAUGACGAGGACUUGACCGACUUGGCACAGCAAGAGAGCGAGAAAAAAGACAACGAGAAUAUAGAGGACGAAGAAGAUGCUGUCGAUAUGGGCGAGCAGGAGAUGGAGGGCGAGAUGGGCGAUGUGGAGCACAAGGAAGAUGACGAAGAUAGUAGCGAGAAGAGCGAGGGUGACGUCGAAAGCGAGGUCGGUGAUGUAGACGAGCUAGGGCCUUCGACUGUUGACGAGAAGAUGUGGGACGAGGGUAGCGACGAAGCUGAAAAGGAUAGAGAUGGAGACGACGGGAAAGGACAAAAGAAUGAUGAGCAGGUUGCUGCUGGUGAGAAAGAUGGGGAGAAGGAGGAAGAGGAGGGAGAGGGCCAGGAAGAUGAAGACAUGGAGCCGGAGGAAGGUGCAGAGGAACAGGAGAAUGUCGGCAUGGAGGAAAACGAAAAGAUGGAUCCUCAUACCGAGCAAGGCGAGACACUCGACCUGCCAGAUGAGUUGAACAUGGACGAUGAGAAUGAGAAGGAUGCGAAGGCGUCUGAUGACGACAUCUUAGGCGAUAUGGACGAUGAGGGUGUUGAAGAGGAGAUGGAUGCGGAGGAGGGAGCCCCGGAGCCAGACGAUGUUGAUCCGGACAUCAAAGAGGACGAAGCGGAUGGGAGCACGACUGGUCACAUUGAAGACGAAGCAGAGCACCUAGAAGACCAGUCAGAGGGGCCGGAAGACAUGGACGAAGCUGUUGCUCCCUUACCCGAUGAUCAACCUAUGCCGGACGAUUCAAGACCAACGGAAGACGAAGCCACCGCCGAUACCAGUGCCGAAGCGGGUGCAGGAAUGGACGCCCAAGACGACGUUCAAAACGACCAAGAUGCUUCUGCUAAUGCUGCUAAACGGGACGAGGGUACCAAAGGCGAAGCGUCAGACCCAAAUGACCAGGCCACCGCAGAAGAAGGGGAGACGGGCCGUACCAACCCUGACAGCGCAGGACGGGGCGAUGAUGUUCCAGAGUCUGCUGCAAGUCAGCCAUUCAAGAAACUAGGCGACACUCUUGAAAAAUGGUACAAUCAACAACGCCAGAUUCAAGAUGCUACCCAAAAAGACGACAAGCAAGUGCAGCAGACCGAGAAAGAAGUCGACAUGGCUGAUGCCGACUUUGAGCAUCUCGAAGAUGAAGAGACGGAGGCUGACGCGCAGGCUUUGGGCACAGCAACUGAAGAGCAAGCCAAAACACUGGACAAGAGCAUGGCCCUUCCAACAGACGAAAACGAGGAACGCAUUCCUGCUUUGCCUGAAGAUAAGCCGGAUGACGAAGCUAACGAAGAUGUUGAUAUGGUAGAUACCGUUGAUGACACCCCGCGAGACCAACAACCGCAAGAUGGUGAUGGCAGGCCCAAAGCCUUCGUCGGCGAACAGAAGCCCAUUCAUCAAGAAGACGAAGACCAAGAAAUGGAGGAUGCUCCCGAAGAUCUCGAUGACGACUCCGAUGUCGCCUCUUCCGUCUCUGAAGUCGAGAAUCAAUUGUCCUUGACACAUCUCGACGUCAACUCCGAUUUCCCUACGGUAGAGACUGCUCGCGCUCUUUGGCUCCAUCACGAGUCCACUACACACUCCCUUGCACAGACCCUGACCGAACACCUCCGCUUAAUCCUCGCUCCCACUUUGGCAACGAAACUCCGCGGCGACUUCCGAACCGGCAAGCGCUUAAAUCUCAAACGUAUCAUACCAUACAUCGCGUCCGGCUACAAACGCGACAAGAUCUGGCUCCGACGCUCGCAACCCUCGAAGCGGGCUUACCAGAUUCUCGUCGCGCUGGACGAUAGUCGCAGUAUGGCUGAGUCCGGCGCCGCCAAUCUAGCUCUCAAGACUCUAGCACUAAUUACGCGCUCACUGGCUAUGCUUGAAGUGGGCGAGGUUGCAGUCGUUGGCUUUGGUGACGACGUCAAGGUCGCUCAUGACUUUGAUAAGCCAUUCACCAGCGAUGCGGGUGCCAAUGUCUUCCAGCAAUUUGGAUUCGGGCAGCAGAAGACGGAUGUGCGGAAGCUUGUCGAGAGGUCUCUGGGCUUGUUCGAAGAGGCGAGGAUGCGAGGGCAGGGAAGAGGGGACGAUCUGUGGCAGUUGAUGCUCGUGGUUUCUGAUGGGAUCUGCGACGGGCAUGCUGAGAUUCAGAGGCUGGUGCGGAAGGCGCAGGAGAACAGAGUCAUGAUUGUCUUUGUGGUUGUGGAUGCGACUGCUACCUCUGGCGAUGGAGAGGAUGGGGCUGGUGCAAAGGGGCUGAAGAAGGGCAAGGAGAAGCAAAGUGUGCUGGAUCUGAAGUCCGUGGAGUUUGGAGCGGAUGGCAAGAUGGUGAUAACGCGGUAUAUGGACCGGUUCCCGUUCAGGUGGUAUCUUGUUGUGAGAGAUGUGGCAGAUUUGCCGGGCGUGCUGGCUACGGCGCUAAGGCAGUGGUUUGCGGAGGUUGUGGAUGCGAGUGGUUGAUUCUCUUGUGGCUCAUUUCUUUUUGUUUGGUGCGUUCCUAAAAGUUUGCGGUUUUGGUAGUGGACCUCGUAAUCUUGUGGUUAUUCAACGAUGAGUUCAGUGGUGGUAAUCAAGUAAUCGCUAACAAAUCUAUGACAUUGCAUCUAUUGGCUAUCAGUUCCUUCGUUGAUAACUAUAGUAGACUACAGUAAUAUAAAUAG